AUGACUAAAUGGUUUGGAACCUUUAGGUACAUUGAGGAAGCUGAGGUCCUCCAUUUGAGUGGUAAUGGCUUCAAUAACAGCAUCCUGCCUUCUUUGGGUGCUCUCAAAUCCCUCAAGAAUCUGUCUCUUAGUGUAAACUCUUUCACAAACCCCUUUCCCUAUGAAGGACUUGGAUUAAUUGCUGGGGAUGCAUUCACAAACCCCUUUCCUUUUGAAGGCUUGGAACCAUUAGAUAGAUUGAAGAAGCUAGUGGUCUUAGAUUUGAGUUUGAAUUCCUUCAACAACAGCAUCCUACAUUCUUUGGGUGCCCUCAAAUCCCUCAAGUAUUUGUCUCUUCAUUCAAACUAUUUCACAAGCCCCUUUUCUUUUGAAGAACUAGCGGGUCUGGAGAACUUGCAAAGGUCGGAUUUGAGUUACAAUGGAAUUGACGACGUUCUUAGACUCCAAGGCUUUAAACACUCAUUGGAUAUGUUGAAUAACCUAAAAGUCCUCGACUUGAGCUAUAAUUCCUUUAGCACAAGUGUUUUGAGAAAGCUGGAGCUCCUUGACAUAUCAUAUAACAAAUACAGCACAUCAAUUCCUCAGUAUAUUAGUCUUCUUGCACCUAAUAUUAAAACACUGUAUCUCAAGCAAAAUGAUCUUAGUGGACCAAUUACUGAUCACGAGUUGGGCACUUUGAGUGAUUUGGAGUUCCUAGACUUGUCCUAUACUUCACUCCACAGCAAUUUAUUGGAGAAUGUAGGAAGAAUGACUUCUCUCAAGUUUUUAUCGUUGGUUGGAAUUUCUCAAUCCAAUGUUACUCGAUUUACUCGACUACCAUUUACGGGUACAACUUAUUGA